AUGGGCUCAAAGGGCUGUGACAGCACGGAUGCGCUCGUAUUCUUCACCGCGCUCGGCGCCGGCACCGCAAACGGCUUGUUUACAAAGUCGAUGUUCCAGCUCACUGCCGUCGGAAACACUGGCGAGGAGGAGCUCUUCAAGCCAAAGCUUCUCAACACCCUGCUGAUGUUCUUUGGCAUGUCCCUCUCGCUUAUCGCGCACAAGUUCUUCAGCACGGCAAAAGAAUCACUUCCUCCGAACCAGCUCAUCCUCCUCUGCGCCCUCUUCGACCUCUGCGCCACUGCCCUUGGCACUCUGGCGCUGCUGCUGCUGCCCCUCUCGAUGUGGCAGCUCCUGCGUGGCAGCGUCAUCAUAUGGGUCGCUCUGGUGAAACACUUUGUGCUCAAGGACCACCUGACGAGUAAUAUGUGGUGCGGGGUUCUCUUUGUGGCGCUUGCCAUCACUGUCGUCGGGCUCGCUGGGGCACUCGGCGGCGGCGGUGGCGACAGCGGCGCAUCUGGUAGCACCUUGGCCCUCGGCAUCUUUCUGACGCUUUGUGGCACCCUCACGGCUGGAAUCCAGUUCGCGGUCGAGGAAAAGAUGAUGAGCGGAAUGGCGGCUCCGCCGCUGCUACUCGUCGGCAUGGAGGGCAUCUGCGGGUUCGUCAUCACCGUCUGUAUCUUUUACCCUGCCUACUAUUACCUGCCGGGGGACGAUCAUGGACACUUCGAGGAUGCCUUCAAUACCCUGGCCAAGCUGCGCAACUCGCCGACCGCAGUAUUCUUUGUGUGCUGCUAUACUGCGCUCGUCUUCACGUUCAACGUCACGUCCAUGUUUGUUGUCCAGCGACUUUCCGCCGUGUGGAAGGCCAUCCUGCAGAACUGUAGGCCAGCCUCCAUUUGGGCCGCGCAGCUGGUUAUCUACAAUUUGACCGGCGGCGAGUUUGGCGAGGCGUGGGCAGGGUUCGCGUCCUGGAUGCAGCUUGUCGGGAUGGGGCUGCUGCUCCUCGGAAUUGCCGUGUACAAUGGGUCGGUGCCUCUGCCGUGCGUGGACAGCACGGAGGCCUCCGAAAUCCACGAGCCGUCGUUGUGCGAGACCGCCGCCGUCUCCGCGGGCACCCGCUACGCGUCCCGAGCCUCACGCGUGUCGUCGAGCAGGCUCACGUCGAAGCUGCUGCCUGAGUGA